UCUUCAUUCCCUCGUUCCCUCCCCCGUCGCAUCCAGCCUUAGAAUCACAACCCUUUGCAACUCACGAUGUGCGGGAUCUUUGGUUACUGCAGCUUCUUGAGGGAAAAGGACCGCAAAGAGGUCUGCGAGAUCCUCUGUAACGGCCUUGCGCGCCAAGAGUACCGAGGUUACGACUCCGCGGGCAUUGGCAUCGAUGGCGACAAGCCCGGCGAGACUUUCUUCUUCAAGGAAGUUGGCAAAGUCGCCGGUCUCCGCCAGAAGAUCGCCGAGUCUAAUGUUGACAUCACUAAGAAGUUUACGUCUCAGGUCUCCGUCGCUCACACCCGCUGGGCAACCCACGGUCCUCCCAGCGUCGUCAACUGUCACCCGAUGCGCUCAGACCCCACCGCUGAAUUCGUUGUCGUCCAUAAUGGUAUCGUCACCAACUACGCUGAGCUGAGGGUCGUGCUGCAGAAGCGCGGCUUCAGGUUUGAGAGUGAGACGGAUACGGAGGCGGUCGCUAUCCUUACCAAGUAUGUGUACGACUCGCAGCCGGAUAAGCGGAUCACCUUCACCGAGCUCGUCAAGACCGUGCUGAAGGAGCUCGAGGGAUCGUUCGCGUUUGUCUUCAAGUCGUCGCAUUAUCCCAACGAGGUCGUCACUGCUCGUCGCGGUUCACCCCUGCUGAUUGGUGUCAAGACCGAGAAGAAGCUCAAGGUCGACUUCGUCGAUGUUGAGUUUGCGGGUAAUGAGGAGGCUAAGAACGUCGACUCCCUCGUUUCGCCCACUUCGCCCACCGGCCUCCUUGCCCCACCCAGGUCGGAGUCGAAAAUUCACCGCUCUCAGUCCCGUGCCUUCAUGUCCGAAGACGGUCUCCCUCAACCCAUCGAAUUCUUCGUCGCCUCUGAUGCUGCCGCUAUCGUCGAACACACCAAGCGUGUCCUCUACCUCGAGGACGACGACAUCGCCCACAUCGCCAACGGCGAACUUCACAUUCACCGUCUCCGCCGCAAGGAGGAAGGCGCCGCCACUCCCUCCAUCCGCUCUAUCGAGACGCUCGAGAUCGAAAUCGCCGAGAUCAUGAAGGGCAAGUUCGACCACUUCAUGCAGAAGGAGAUCUACGAGCAGCCCGAGUCUGUCGUCAACACCAUGCGUGGUCGCGUCAACUUCGACAACAACUCGAUCAUGCUCGGUGGCUUGAGGCAAUACCUCCCGAUCAUGCGCCGCGGACGUAGGAUCGUGUUCACCGCUUGCGGGACGAGUUACCACUCUUGUCUCGCGACGAGGGCUAUCUUCGAGGAGUUGACCGAGAUUCCGGUCAGCGUCGAGCUCGCUUCGGAUUUCUUGGACCGCAAGACCCCCAUCUUCCGUGACGAUGUCUGUGUGUUCCUUUCCCAGUCCGGAGAGACUGCCGACACGAUUCUCGCCCUCCGUUACUGCCUCGAGCGUGGAGCCCUUUGUGUCGGUGUAGUCAACACUGUCGGUUCGACUAUUUCUCGCGAGACCCACUGCGGUGUGCACAUCAAUGCCGGUCCCGAGGUCGGUGUCGCGUCGACGAAAGCCUACACCAGUCAGUACAUCGCGCUGUUGAUGAUGGCCCUGCAGCUUUCGGAGGACAGGAUCUCGUUCAUGGAGAGGAGGAACCAGAUCAUCCAAGGUCUGCACGCGCUUCCCGGACAGCUCAGGAGGGUGCUCGAGGCAGACAAGUCGCUGCAGGAGCUUGCUGAUGGCGUCUUGGCAAACUCGAAGAGUCUGUUGCUGAUGGGUCGUGGUUACCAACACGCUACUUGUCUCGAGGGUGCUCUCAAAAUCAAGGAAAUCUCCUACAUGCACUCUGAAGGUAUCCUUGCCGGCGAGCUCAAGCACGGCCCCCUCGCGCUCAUCGACGAGAACAUGCCCGUUAUCAUCGUCAUGACCCGCGACUCGCUCUACCCCAAGGUCCAGUCCGCGUUCUCCCAGAUCACCGCGCGCAAGGCUCAGCCGAUCGUGCUUUGCAACGAGGGCGACGAAGGGAUCCCGAAGAACGCGAAGACGAUCAGGGUGCCGCAGACGGUGGAUUGCUUGCAGGGCUUGUUGAACAUCGUCCCGUUGCAGCUUUUGAGCUAUCACCUCGCUGUCAAGAAGGGAUUCGACGUCGAUUUCCCGAGGAACUUGGCCAAGUCCGUCACCACCGAGUAAAUAUCGUCUGGUCUGGUCUGGUCGUGGCGGGUGUGGGUUGCUGGGGAGAAACUGAAGAGAAAGAAGAAAAAGAACCAAUGUGUAUACCAUUCACGGACUGUCAGACAUACUGCGGACUCAGACAUCGACAUCGACAACAUCACCAUACACCACAUCCCAAAAUUUAAACACCCAUCCACUCUUAGUAGGAUUUCCUUACUACGAGGCCCCCCCUUAGCUUUUUCUGUCUUGCAUCCUUGGACGGCCUCAUUAGUUGUUCCCUCUCUCUCUUCUCUCUUUACGAUACACUACCGAUUCUUCCUUUUCUGAUACCUUCGAGAGAGCUAUGGUCUCAAAUUACUGGUAUUAUGAUUGGAUGCUCAUGGAUCCUAGGACUUUUAGAGUUUAUGUGCGGUGAGGGGAAUGAAAUGAUUGUUU